AUGGAUAUCGGACACCGGAAGGAAGGGAGGCGGGGUCGCUCUUUAUUGGCGGCGGCCGGUUUCCCGCGGGCCAAUCGCACUUCCGGUGCCGCCGCCACCGCCGCCGAUGCAGGGGCAGACCGACGCUGCCUUCACAACCACCCCCUCCCCUCUCUUUCUGGCAGGUGCGUCGGCAGAAAUCAGCCCUUCACAUUUCCUGCUACCUUCUGCCCGAGCCCCAAGAAAGGGCAGUCGUUUAGCGGCUUCUUCGAAGUCAGUCGAGCGAAGGGCAGAUCAUGUGUGAUUAGUUUUUUGCGUCUGUUGCUUUUCUUUGGCGGCAUGAAUCAGGAUCAGGAAGGGCCUGGCGCUUUCAGCGAAUUCGGAAGACUGACAGACAGUUUAUCUUGUGUAUCUUGUGAUAAACAUGAAGACAGACAUGCAGACAGACAGAAAGGCUUUGGACAGAUAUUCUCUAGCGAGAAGGAAAGAAGAAAGAUGGAGCUGAGAGGAAAUAGUUGUGAGACAGACGACAGCGAACACUACAUGCAAGAAUCUGAUUUCCAUCAUCACCCAUCAAAUAUCGGUCCAAAAUCGGAAACCAGCACACACCAUGACACCUUUCACCACCACCUCGCCAAAACAACAGCUCCUUCCAUCUACCACCACCAGGGGGCCCAUUCAUCGCCCGCCGCCAACUUGGACGGUCUCUACUCCGCCUAUCAGCAGCACGCCGGCUGCCUUUACUCCAACGCCCUGUACGGCAAGAUGCAGGGGGCUAGGGGAGCGCCCUUCGCUUCGGCUGACGCCCAACGCCCACAAUUGGCGGUGGUGAAACAGGAACCGGCGGACGGCAACAGAGGAGAAUGCAACGAGGCGCUCUUCAAUAUGGCGUACGGCGGCCAUCACGGGGACAAUUCGACGACCAACAAGGGCCAGACGUGCGAUUCCAGGCCGGAGAAUCUGAGCACGAAGGCCGAGUCGCAUCAUUUGGCCUACACGGACAUGCUCAACUUUUACAACUGCGGCAUAGCGCACUCGUACCAGCACUUGCAUCCCUACUUGCAGGAAGGGAAGCAUACACGAUUCGCAUAA